GUUCGUAACCGUUAGUCGUCAACUAAUUGACCUACUUAAGUCGAAAAUAAAGUGAACUUGUUUAUUAAAAAAAAAGCUAAUUAAAUUUGAAAUCUGAGGAAACAAUUAUAUUGUGGUAACGGUUUUGCGGUGAAAGCCUUUGACAGGACAUGAAUACGGGUUAGUUCCAAAUGGAUAUACCAUAGAGCUUUUGAUCGGUCACCUUUUGAUGUACGAAAAAACUAAGAUAAUAUCUUGUGAACAUAAUGUCAAGCGGCUCAAAGAAUUUGCGAACACUGUAGCCAAAAGUAUGAGUGACUCCUAAACUCUUACAAAAUUGUGGUAAUUCCAACAUUUAUAUAUUUUCCAUCAAAAAGACGCAUAAGAGGUGCAAGUGAAACGGUCAGAUAUAUGCAUAUCGACAGCAACACUGAUUCCGAACGCUCAAUUCACGCGAUAUACGCACUUUUGAUUCUGCUUGAGGCUCGUCACGCAUUGACCUGCGUACGCACUGAGCACACGCACUCACACACGGCACUUCGUCCACGACUUACAGAUUAACGGCGUAAAGGGCGGGACUCGGUGAAAGUUCAGUGAUGGCCGUUGUGCGUAGAUGCGGGUGACAGAUUGCGUCGAAUGCCCUUUGAUGUGCGCAAGCAAUUAAAUUGUGAGCUGACAAAUAAACAAUGAAAGCGCGAGGCGAAAAUCGAAUAAAUGAACAAUAUAAAUAAAUUAUAAGACAAAUUUUGUUAAAAGGCAUUCGAGUGUCUCGAUAGGCGUUCAGUGAGACCUCUGUCUUGCCGAGUUUGGCAUGCAAAUUUUGUUAUGAGUUGCUGAUUUAACGCCAAUAUGCAAAUUGAGCAGAUCAACAGCGCAGCAGCAGAGUGCUAAAAUUCAACGCGAAACAAUUUUAAACUGUUAAACUGUUAGUGUUGUUGUGUGAAUAUAUACAUAUAGAAAGUUAUAUAAUGAAAUCACGAUGACUUGCAGUAAAUUUUGAGUCUCUAUUUUAUCGAACACUGCCAGCAUAUGUUGGAUUAGUGGCUUAAGAAGUUGCAAAGAAAUAAAUAAGUUGUGAUUGUUGUUGCAGCGGCAGAGAAUAUUUCUGAAGUAAUUUCGAGGCAUGGUGUCAAGUUGACAGCCCUUGGCCGGCUGGAAUUCCGUGUCCAAUCCGCUUACUUAGACCCGAUUCUCGUGGGAACAGAGUAAAAAAGGCUUCGUGAACUUUUUAUUUCCCCGAAACUUUAUAGAUUUUAGAGCUCUUUGAGAAUUCAGUUGAAAUGUCAACAAAUUUAUAGUUUUGUUCAUACGCAGAUCAUUUAUUGUGCGAGUGAGACUCAAACCCACAGCGCGUGAUAGUCACAUAUGCCGCUUAAAUUGUGCUGCCGCUUUAUUUUUUCUACUUUUAUUCGGGUCACCUAUGUAAAACAGUUCAUAAGUUAUUCAUAAUAGACUAUUUUUAGCGUCAACAAGCAGGUAUUGUCGCUAUCUUUAUAAUCUUUUUAAUAAUUUCAAAGAUCUCUUCAUAACAUAUUUUUACAAAUUCUGUUUUGCGCUUUUUGCGUACGCACCUGCGCCGUCGACAACGCCGCGGCCGCCGCGCAGCGCUGACGUUUCCGUUGGCACGGCGUCUGUCAUUUUCUCGAGCUGUUAAUUGAAUUCCAAAACACCCCGAAGUUGUUUGCGCGUGGGCCCAGCUCCAGCGGACCCGUUUUUCCAGCAAACUGCACGAACGCAGUGCGCAAAGCGCGCGCAAGUGCGGCGAGCAAGAGGCGCGCGGCGUGCAGAUCUGCAGCUAUUUAGAUUAGUUUUCGUGCGCAGCGUAAUUUAACUUGCAAAUGUACGCAUUCCAAGCCGCUAAAUAGACUUAUACAAUGCCACAAAAACAAACACUGUGAACAAUAUAUUUUAAUGUAUAUGAAAGGUAAGACAAUAAAAAGCCAAAUACAUCUGUGCGGAUGGUAUAAUAUGCUUCAGAUGCGAUAACGUUGCGUUGCCCAACAACAACGACAACAAUGAAAUAAUUAGCGACCACGCCAACAGCGCUUUCACUUUCAGGGGACGCUCGUCGAACGCCAAUACCCGGCCGCGUCGCAAUAGCCGCAAUAUUUUAGCGGCCCUCCGCCGUCGCCGCGUUUGUGUCUUGUAGCCAGAAGAGUGCGCGUGCAUUUCGUGCAGCUUCUAUAUUUUUUUCGGUGUUUUCGUUGGUAUUUUUUCUGCACUUCUUCUCAGAUCAGCGACAACGUGUGUGUUGCGUUAAUUGCCGCCAUCGUCACUGCGUAUAUUCUGCUUCUUCUGCUAACACUCGAGUAACAACAAAGCCGCACCGGCAUCUGCGGUUUUCCGCAGCACCAAAUCAAGUCAACUGCCCGCUGCCAGCCGCGCUGAACAUGACAAAAACGCUUAAGCAACAACGCGUCAGUCAACCUGCAAGCUAACCAGGUUGGUCAAACGGCCGCAGUAAGUGCGAAGUCAGUCAGUCGAGCAGUUCACAGUGAAGCGGUCCAAUACCGCUGCCUCCACUAACAAAUACCAACCAUACAAAGUAGUCGCUAUUUGGCGAAGCUGCACCUCGAGAUGGAUCCACUCACAGUUUUGCUGCUCUCGUUCAUCAUCCUGGCGCUUAUUUGCAUACAUUUGCACCGCAAACAACAGUACUGGGAAGCGCAAGGCAUACCGCUGCUUAAACCGUUCUUGUUCUUCUUCUACGGGCGUGGUCGCAUUGGCACCGAUUGUCAUGCUAUCGACAUACCCAACGAAGUCUAUCAACGCUUUCGCGAAUCGGGUGCACCCUUAGCGGGCAUGUUCAUGCUGAGCGAUCCGCUUAUCAUACUACUCGAUUUGGAGCUCAUCAAACAUGUGUUGAUUAAAGACUUUGCCAACUUCAGUUAUCGCGGACUCUACCACAAUCUACGCGAUGAUCCGCUGAUGGGUAAUCUAGCUGCAAUCGACGGUCCUUACUGGAAGCGGCUUCGCGCCAAAUUGACACCAUCCUUUACCACGGGCAAAAUGAAAUUUAUGUAUCCCACACUCAUAAAAGUGGCCGAACAGUUGCCUGGAGUUGUGGAUCGGCGUCUCUCCGACGCAGGCAUAAUCGACGUAAAAGACCUGUCAGCCUGCUAUACCACCGAUGUGAUAGCGAGCUCUACACUUGGCAUUGAGUGUGAUAGUCUGCACAAUCCACUUGAGGACUUCCGUCUGAUCACAGUCAAGUUUUUCGAGGAGUACAGUGUAACACGUGAUUUGAUUAGCCAACGCCUACCGCAGCUCGCCAAAAUGUUGCACUGGACCAACACACCAAAAGUGGUGACAGACUUCUACAUCAAAGUUGUGCGCGACAAUAUAGCCUACCGUGCGGAGCAUGGCAUUGUACGGCAAGACUUCUUGCAAAUUAUGAUCGAUCUCAUUAAAACCGAAGCACUCACAAUGGAAGAGAUUGCUGCGCAGGUGUUUGUCUUCAUUAUUGCGGGCUAUGAAACCACUUCGACGACCAUGACAAAUUGUCUGUGGGAACUGGCGGUGAAUGAGGACAUACAAGAGCAAGUGCGCGAGGAAGUUGUUCAAGUGAUGCAGGAGCACGAUGAUGUGCUCACUUACGAGUGUCUCAAGCAGAUGACCUACUUGGAUCAGGUGCUCAAAGAAACCUUGCGUAAACAUCCCAUUGCGCCUGCGUUGAAGCGUGUUGCUUACGAAGACUAUAAGGUGCCUGGCACCAACUUUGUCAUCAAAGCCAACACCACGGUGCUCAUACCGUCCGAAGCAAUACAACACGAUCCACGCUACUACCCAGAUCCAGAGAAAUUCGAUCCCUUGCGUUUCACACCCGAAGCCAUGGAGGAGCGACACCCGAUGACAUUCCUACCAUUCGGCGAUGGUCCACGCAACUGUAUUGGCUUGCGCUUCGGCCGCAUGCAAGUGCUCAUCGGUUUGGCAGUGAUGUUACGUAAAUAUCGUUUUAGUGUGGCACCAACCACACCCAUACCGCUGGUGUACGACCAAACCAUUUUAUUACGUGCGCCGAAAGGUAAAGUGGAACUCAAGUGUGAGCGUUUGGUUGAGGAGAAAUUUGCAGAUCAUAUACCGAAGGCUGCUAACGAAGAGGUGGAAAACUUUGCCGCAAGCAUAAGAGAGCGGCGCGAGUAUGAAUGCACAGAUGGCGAGAGAAAUAAAUAAUGCACGAAGUGUGCGGAGAUAGAAUUGUGGUUCGAAGAAGUAUGAAAUUUUGUCACAGUUAGUUUGAGUGCUUUGAGCCUACUUUUUGAAGAGGUUGUAAUGAUUCUUAGUGCCGUUUUCUCAAAGUCUGUUUAGUAGGCAUUAAAAAGGUACUUUUUCGAAAGCAGUAGUCUUGGUUAAGUAACCAGAACUUAACUGACAGUUGGCUGCUAAACAGACAUUGAGUACGCGGCUCCUAGUUUAGCUUAUAAUUAUUUUAGACCUGAUAUGAGUAGGUUGUGAAAAAUUUAAGCGAGAUACGAGGCGCUCAGAAAAUUCAUUAGUUAAAAUAUAUUUCCUAACACAUUAUGUACCUAAAUAUAGACGUAUAGUUACGGGCCCUAUGCGUUCGCUUAGUUGCUUAGUUAGUACCCAGCUUUAAUGCGACCGAAAAGUAUAGCUAAGAGAAUGGUGCUCCAGUACCGCUCGCCAAAUAAAAUCGCAAAAACUUUUGGCAAUACAAUAUACAUAUAGUUUGUGUAAUAUAAUAUAUAUUUACACUUUAAUACAUAAUAUUUGUAUAUUUACACUUUAAUGCCUGUCGUCACCUAAAAUGCAAAAUAACGUAAAAUGACUUUUCAUAACUUCACAGUCGAAUGAAAAACGUUAUAAUAGAAACCACUCAAAUUGAAAAGAAAUUUGAGUUUUGGUUAUAUAUUGGUUAUCAUACCUGUAUAAAUUGGUUAUAUAUCGGUUAUAAUACGUAUAUAAAAUGGUUAUAUACCGGUUAUUAUAUCUAAUUUUAAUUUUUUUAUGAUACGUUGUUUUGCAUUUUAGGUGAUUUUAUAUUUUUACCGUUAUUUUUAUACUUACGCGUGUUUUAUUAAAUGCUUUAUUAAAAGAAAUGUUAUUUUAUAUUUGUAUUUUUUUCAAAUAAAUUGUUUUGAUUU